AUGCACAAGAAGGAAGUGAAGCCUGAUGUCAUCAGCUUCAGUGCAGGCAUCAGCGCCUGUGAGAAAGUCGGACAUUGGGAAAUGGCUCUACAACUGCUGGAAGGGCUCUGCGAAGCCCAGCUUCAAGCGAACGAGUUCAGCCUGGAUGCUUGUAUUAGUGCCUGUGAAAAGGGCGGGGAAUGGCAGCUGGCUCUACACCUUCUCUCAGGCAUGCCACAGGCCAGGAUUGCACGCAAUGAAUUCUCGAUGAGUGCUGGAAUCAGUGCCUGUGAGAAGGCCGGUGAAUGGCAACAAGCCAUUGGGGUGUUGGCUGAAAUCCCUCUUGCAACGGUGGCCUUCACUGAGAUCAGCUUCAACGCUUCUAUCAGCGCCUGUGAGAAGGGGGCCCAAUGGGAGUGGGCCAUUCAGGCCUUGUCAAAGACGAGUUUUAGGGUUUAG